AUGCUCGUUCCGUCUCUCGCCAUUCUCAUCGCAGCGGCGGCUUGUCUGCCCGCAGCUCUUGCCGCUCCCUUCCCACUGUCCGCCCUCCUCUCUCGACAGGCCGGUGAUGGCAAGCCAGCAUUCACUAAGAUACCCUUCCACCGUGUUCGCCACGAUGGCCGGUCAAAUGAGAAGCGGCAGAUAUCCCAGGGCUUACAGGCAAAUCAUUACUACGCAUCCUACGCCGCACAAAUUUCCAUUGGUAGUCCGCCACAAGACUUCUGGUUUCAACUUGACACGGGAUCGUCCAUGGUAUUCGUGGCAGGCGAGGGCUAUUCCAGCGCCGGAGAUCCUUACUAUGAUCCGAGCAAGUCGUCUACAGCCCAUGCGACCGAGAACACCAACGUCACACUGGGAUAUGGCGGUGGUACGGCGACCGGAGAUCAAUACACGGACACCCUCAGCUUCUUCGGGCUUCCUCAGGAGAAUUUCCGCUUCGUCACAGCGACUUCGUCGACGGGUCUCAUCGCUUUCCCGGGGACGUCGGGCCUCAUUGGGCUUUCCAGCAGCAAGCUUACGACCAAUGGCAACGACGCCUUCAUUCAGACAUUGGUCGAUCAGCAGCAGGUAGAAUCCGUCGCAUUCUCUUUCUCCCUCGAAGGACUGAAGACGCAGGCCGAAGUGGGAUGGCUCAACGGUCGGCCUCCGUACUUGGCACCAGGUGGUACUUUCACCCUCGGCACCUCCUUUGAUACCACCCAAUAUCAGGGUGAGCUGGUCACCGUCAACCAAUCGGAGUACCCCCCCACACCAGGAGCCUGGACUGUCCCACUCACUGCCGUCAGAUUCAACAAUUUUACAUUUGAUCCUGCUUUUGCCCUCAUCGACUCGGGGACAAGUGGCAUGGCUGUGCCUCAGGAAGCGCUGGAUCAAAUUCUCAGUAGUAUACCUGGGGCGACUGUGCAAGAGGGCAUCACACUCUUGCCAUGUGACUACAGCUUCACGACAUUCGAAUUCGACCUGAAUGGCGUGCCUUUCUCGGUGGGGCCAGGCGCAUUACUUAAUGGCCCCACGUCCGACCCAGCAUUCUGCUCUACUUUUCUGUCAGCGUCGUCUCAGCCGAGUCUCUGGAUUCUUGGCGAUGCAUUCAUGAAGUACUACUUUGUAGGCUUCACCGCUGGUCCCAACCCUUCGAUCAGCUUCGGCCAGCUACCGGACAAUGGUGUUGUUCAGGCAUCAACGACGUCUGGUAACAUUGCACAGCCAACGGUAGCGACGCGCGAGGCCCAGGCGAGCCCACUUCCUCAGACCGUUUCCGUCGUCUCAAUGCCCGCAGUCACCGGCGGGCCCUUCGCGUCCACAAACCAGCGUGGUGCCACCAGGUCAUCUCUCGCAGCCAUUGCAACGGGUCAGGGCUCUAGCUCGAACGGCAACUCGAAUGGCAGCUCGAACGGCGCAAUGUCCGCGAUGAGCGCCAGCUGGGCAUCUAAGCUCUUCGCCGCUGGGUGUGGUCUCGUCGCCUUGCUCGCUGUCGCCUUGUAA